UGGUGAUUAAUUAUCAUAAAGACAUAUGUCAAAGAAGUGAACAAUACGAAAUAAUUUAGAUUCAAUUAAAUAUAUUAUUGGCUUUCAAUCGAUUAAGCCAAAAAUAACAUGUUAAUCGUGCCCCAAAAAACUCUGCGUGAAAAUAACCUGUUAAUUGUAAGAAAUUAAAUGUCAGAAAUCAGCAUGUGCCACAAAUUCCAAUAUAUAAUUGAUAAAGCAGCAGAUUCUAUGUAUUUUGAGUGAACAUUUGGAAAAAAUAUUUAUAAAUAAAGAUGAUAGAAUCAUGCCCUAAAAGGCAUAUGUUAUUGGGCAUAACAUCUUUAGCCGUAUUGACAAUAGUUGUUCUAAUUGUGGAAUCUCGAUGGACACCACCACGAACUAAACAAUUUCCAAUAGAAAACAAUUCUACAUGCUGGUUAAAAGAGGAUUAUGAAGUUAUACAAGACUGCCAUCCAUGCACAGAAUUGGAAAUAAAGAGUAGAUCUAUAGGAGUUUGCAUUCACACUCAUAAUAAAGAACUCCUUCGCUGUGCAAGUGGUGAAACUGUUACCAGAAGUUGCGAUAGAGUAGCUUGGCUGGACGAAAGGAAUUUCUGGGCAUUUGAAGCUUUGAUGUUCGUUUCUGCAUUUAUAACUUGUUUAAUUUCAAGUUCAAGGCGGCAUACUUUAGAUCGAAGAGCAUUACAGAGGGUUCAGAGACAAUUAGCACAAAGUGUUUAAUUUAAAUAUUUGGUUGAAAAUAUAUUUUGUAAUAAAAAUAUAUUUUUUUAACAA